UAUUUUCAUAAUUUAUCCCGCAAUAAAAUGUGCCUCCUCGAUGCGAAUGUAACUGUGUUCGAUUGCGAGUUCGAUUUGCGUUUUUAUAUGAAGUAUUUUAUGUGAUACCGCUUAAGCCCUUUCGAUAUCGCGGCGCGAUAGCCACUUCAGCUGACUGCGUUGUACGCAAGGCUACUCUAACUAAACUAGUAGUACUCCGGCAUUCACGGGAGGCGGACGGCUCGCGAGUUCGCGCAAGUGAUUGCGGAUAUGUUGUUGAGGGUUAAAAUGUUAUUGGAACGCUUCCCAUAGGUGCGAAGGCGACAUUUCUCGGACGGAUAGGUGUAGUAUCGCUUUGGUUUUAGAACGAGCGAGUCGGGCGCGAGUGCACCAGUGAGGACUCAACGCAGCUCGAGCUGACGCUCAAUAAUGCUCAAAUUUCUCACUCACAAGCUGCGGACGCAUUCGUUGAAUGAGGAGAACGUUUCCGAGAAGGUGGAGGAGCGCGACUCUGGCACCGAAUCGGACGACGAGGCGGACCGUGAUAACGGAGACUUUUGCACUGACGUCAUCAUGAAGUGGAACGACAUCACAGAUAUCAGUAUGAGCGGGGAAGCGUGCGCGUGCGCGCCGGCGCCGCCGCGACUGCUGCCGGCGCCCGAGCCGGACCACCUCUACGACCACCACUCCUCCGAGGAGGAGCUCGAGGUGAUCAACGGCGCGCCGACGGGCACGGCGGCGGCGGCGGGCGGGGCGGGGGUAGCGGCGCGCGGGUCGGGGUGCGCGGGCGGGGCGGGCGCGGCGCCGGAGUCGCGGCGGCGCGGCGCGUCGUCGCCGCCGCCCGCCGCGCCGGAGAAGCGCAAGUGGCCCGCGCCGCCCGACCCCGACAGCGACGCGCGCGCGCCCUCCGACGACGACGACGACAUUAAGGUAGAAACUCCAGUCCGCUUCCGUACAUCGCCGCCGCUGGAGGCGCUGAAGCCGCGGCGCGCGGGCGGCACGUGCGCGUGCGCAGGCUCGUUGGGCGGCCGCUCCGGCGAGCGCAGUGAGCGCGGUGAGCGCAGUGAGCGCGGUGAGCGCAGUGAGCGCAGCGAGCGUGCGCCGGCGUCGCCGCGCCGCAGACGGACGCCGCUGCCGCCGCCGCGCCGGCACCGGCCCGCGCUUGAUUUUGAUAAGAUGCAACAGCUGCGCGUGGGCGGCGGCGUGCGGUCGUGGCGGGCGGUGGGCGGCGCGCACGGCGGCGAGCUGUCGGUGUUCUGCUGGUGAUGACCACACUCGCACUACGAAUGCGUCACCGGCGACCGUCGGCCCACCGCGUGGUGUCGUGUCUCUCAAGCGCUGUGUCGUCACGACUCUGACGACGCGUCGUCACGAUGUUACUACAUGUCGUACAAUGUUACCUCUUUUGCCGACAAGCGUCGUACAACGGCUUUUGACAAUUGUAAGUUCUAAAUUGAUGCUCGACUACUCUAUGCUCUAGAUUGGAUAUGCUGUAAAAAUGGUAAUUUAGAUUUUCAGAACAUUUUAGAACAUUUGAACUGUUAAAAGUGACAAAUAUUUUUAUACUUACUUAGACUUAAAGGUCUGGUGUCCAAAAUAAUUACAAAAAAACUUAAGUUUCCUUUCAUGAAAAUUUAUGAAUUCGAAAAUAUUAAAUGUGAGAAUAUCAAAUUUUAAAUAAGUAUUAUUAUUGUUUUUUUUAUUUUAAUAAAUAACUAUCUAAUUCUAGAGUCUAGUUUUGAUGAUAUCGGGUUACAACUACAUAAUUAUGUACUGAUCGAUGUAAUGUAUCCUAUAAGACAUCCUCCAUCCUGGAUACUUGCAGCAUAGAGGAGAUUCAAUACAGAGACUAAGCUGAAAAAUAAAGUACUUGAUUUUUAACGUUACAUGCGCGCUAUUUGAUUUUAAAAUAAAUAUGUGGUGGUUCUUUCGGAGUAAUCUUAAUCAAAUCAAUUUAACUACAUUACAUAAUUUUAAAUAAUAAUUGUAACCUUCGUAGCAAUAUUAUUACUGCUAGUGAUAAUACAUUAUAUUUGAAAUAAAUUAUCUAUUUGUGUAGUAAAAUUUACUAAUGUUGCUUUAUCAAUUAGAAUGAAUGAAAUGUGGUUUGAUCCUUCUACUCGUAAAACACAAAACUCGUGUGUCCAACAUAUUAUCACAAUUGUCGCUGUAUUUUAAUCUACUCUAUGCACCUAGUGCAAUAAGACUGGCUCAGACAAGUCUAAGAAAUGGUUUACAUUUUAGAAAUGAUUUUAAACUGAUAUUCCGCGUCGCGACGAACGAAUGUCUCAUUCUAAACUAAACAUGUUAGGAUAAUUUGGAACAUAUUUUCUUGUUGUAGUAAAAUGUAAAUUCCUGAGCAUGUUAAUUGUUUGUUGUUGAAUUGUUUUAGACGUAGAUGUCGGAAAAGUAUAGACCCGUCAUAUUGAUGCGGAAUGUUAUUUUAUUUUUUGUUGUGUUGAUGCUUUUGUAUUUUAUGAUAUAUUUUGGUCCAUCGAAACCGUUGCUGGUCGAUUAAAGAAAAUAAAAAAUGUGUUAGACGCUUAACAGCGUUACAUCAUUUAACAUCGUAAAAUAUUUUAUAGCUUUUAAAUUAAAUUUUAAGUAUGUUUAGAUAUAUGUAAAAAAAUACGUAGGUACUUAUUUAAUAUUACAAUUCGACAUAUGACAGGUCUAUAGUUUUUAAUCUAUGUUUUUAGACGCCUCGAGCCGCGAUUCGUUCCAUUUGAGUUCCUCUGUGGUUGCACUCAAAUAAUGAUUAAAGUACAAACUUGUAUUAUAAUUGUAUGGAGCGUGUGUGUACAUACGACUACGUUUCACGUGUCAUCUUAGAUGAAAUGUAUCUUAUUUGUUUAGUGACGCGAGUGACGGGGAGUUCUCAUGAUUGACGACGGAAAGAUUUCAUCAAAAAUGUGUAACUUGCCUCAUUUAAAAACUUUAGUGAAAUUUUUAAACAGUAAUUGCGCCAGGGAAUUAGGAAUUCCUUCAUAAACAAGAAAAAAUUUAAAUCUUUAUAAAUAUAGUCAUAUUACAAUGAAAUAAGUUAGUUUUGUAUAGACAAAAUCUUUGGUCAUUGUUUAAAAGAAAACUAGGUAUUUCUAUUUUUCAUUAUUUAAACUAUCAAGACGUCUGGAUGUUUUUAAGGUUAAUGCAAACUUCGAUGGUAUUUUUUUCUUAUGUCAUGAGUUCUCUCCCGAAUGAAAGCUAUGAAGUAGCUUUUUUGGAAGUAUUUACUCGUGUUUUAACAGAGUCAUUGCAAGAAAUGGGCUUAAUUUAUUUUACAUCUAAAUGUUCUGGCAUCGAGUCUCCUAUUUUGAUGAUUGAAUUUUCCUAAUACACAUAAUAUAAAAAGUAUCUGUAUAAUCGCGAAUCACUUCUUCUGGAAAACAAUAUAAUUUUUUUUUUUUAGAAAACAUAAUAAUAUUUUACAUAAACGUUUAAAAUAAAUAGGAGACACUUCCCAGGCGCGAAGCUCAGCGACGAACCCAUAUCACGACAGAGCUGUAUUGUGUACGAGGCCAUCGCUAGGUUACGAUACCCAAAUACUACUGUUAUUGUAUCAAUGUGAUAAAACUGUAUUGUUGUACUGAACUCGUGUUUUCCAGACAAAAGUUGCACUAUUCGUGAUUUUUAAAAUAAAUUAACAUCUGUACAUAUUAUAUUUUUUGUAUUUAGACGUUCGUCUCUCUGACUAACGGGCUAAUACAAAAGAGUAAAUUUAAGUAAGAAAGCAAAUCUUCUAAAAGAUCACGAAUCUUGUUGCAUUUGCCUCUUAUAACACGAUGUAUAGAGCCAGCACAAAUCAAAGAAAACGAAGACAAGUCCGGGAAUGAACAGUGCAAAAUUGACAGUGUAACCACCGUUAGCUCGAUUUGAUGCGUCAUCGAUUUUAUGAGAAUAGAUAAAGUUAGUUUUCACUCUUUUUCGAUUUUCUUUGGUUUUCGCUGGCGCUAGGAGGGAUGCUUGCAUCGCCUCGAGUUUGAUCUCGAAUUACGACUGACCGCGGGGUAUUGUGUUAAAUGGAUGAUGCCAUUGUUGAGGCUUCGGAAAGGAUAGACUGAACACUUAAAUAUCAAAAAUAUUGGUGUAUUUUUGUGUAUUUUAUUUUCGAAGUACGCUCACUUAUUUUAAAUUCAACAUCUUUGUUUAGACACGCUCUCACUGCGGGAAAAUACGCCUAGCGUGUUUUGACCGCAAAUACACGGUUUUGAUGGGCCGCUAUCAACGGGUUAAGGCCUGAGAUAGGAGAUUUCCACCGCUUGCCAGGUGCAAAUGGAAAAGAAACAGUGCCACUAAAUUAUAAUCGCUCCAAAUUACUUUAAAUUACGCAAUUUUAAGUUCUUGGAGAAUUAAUAUGGCAACAAAAGACACCAUUAUUUUGCUGAACUUUUUCUUUUUUCCCUAUUCAGGAAUAAGGAAAAUAAAUCCUUAUAAGUUUGCCGUGUAUUCGUUUCGAAGUCUCCGCUUUAGUUUAAGUUUCCUUUUAGCAAGAAUAUCAUCGCCACAUCACGUGAUUCCAUCUUAGAUUAAUGUUAAUUUACCAUUAUGUCAAUUGUCAUGGCGACGGGCAGGGUUUCGGUUUUUUGUGCAAUAUUUGAGUGGUUUAUAUGGAUGUGCUUGAACGUUUAUAUGAAUCUAGGAUUAGAUUAUCCAAGUUCUUAUAAAGAAAUUCUAUUAAAACGCAUAUUGGAUCAAUCUUUUUUGUCAAAUCCAAUUGGAUUUCAUUGGAUUGGUUCGGUAUCCCAAUGGAUGCUAAAUUGAUAGUCACUAAGUUUAUAUAAACAAGGCGCUCCUGGAAUCGGAAAGUACUUACGCGGGCCCGUCGUCCGUACAAGUCACGUCGGUUGUAUCCUAGUGUUAACAUUUAGUUUUAGCGGGGCUAAACAUUGUGUCGUUUUAUUGUUUUAUAUCGAUAACGAAGUGAUACAAGAGCUUUUGACCUAUGGGGUUGGAAUUAUUAAUAAAAUAAACAUAUGUUGGCUUGGCCAAAUCUUUCGCAAGGAUAAUUGUCAUUUUGUUAACAGCGCUAAAUCUAUAGGUUAUAACCUCAUUGGAAGCAACAUAAUAAAAAUGUGGUGCGAGCGAGUGAUUCAAGUGAAUUUAACGAUAAAGACAUUUAACAAAUUUUCAAAUUAAUAAAGUACUAAGACUUUUUUUAAAAUCGCUUAAAGAUGUAUGUACAUAGUGUUAAGUUACGUAGAAUAAGUGCAGAAUUAGAUGUAGUAGGUAUAACAAAUUGUAUGGCGGAGGCGCGAGUGCCCAUCUUGUUACAUCGGAGCUUGCGGGGAAGUGAGUCAAUGUUUAUCAUGUUCGGUCCAUUCCUUGUAGCGGGGGAUACACUUGAGUGAGGCUGCUGAGAAAAUUGCAAUCAGUUUUCUAGAAAAAAGAGAAAAUAUGCAAUAUCGGAGAAGGGAGAUACUUUGAUACGGCCGAUGCGGUAUCGAAGUAUUUCUAACGAUUAGUUUUCUUCAAAUGCGAGAAGCAAGGAAACAUUUUGUUGACAUUAAUUUAUUUUCCCGAGAACUCUUCAUGAUUAUCCGUUUAUGUUUACAUCCGUCGCCGCCCGCGGCCGCGCGCGCUAACAUAAUCUAGGACUGUUUUUGCGUACAACUUCUAUUAGAUUUUGAAUCCAUAAAUCAUCGGUCCGUGAGUGAGAAAUCUAAUAGGGCCGGUUGUACAAAGAUUUAACUUUAGUUGUACUUUUUAGGGAGUAGAGAAAAGGUUACAGGCCGAAACAGAGAAUAAUUAUUUUUGAAAUUCUUGCUUCACCAUCAGGAAAUUUGUAAUGUAAUGAUGCUUUCGUGCCAUUCCGAGUGAGAGAUUAGUCCACAAUUUGUUUCUUUUGUAUGACUCAAAUUCAGUUAGUAGUUAAACGAAAAUUGGGGACGAAUCCUACCUGGUCAUCACGCGCGGCGCGGCGGCGACUCUUUGUUAUUGUUGGAAGUCGAGUACGGUACUUGGAAAUAUUUAACAUCUGUAGACCAGACUGAAAUUACCAAGAUUUGCACACAAAAUACAACUAGUGGUAAAUGCAGAUAAAAGAGAAACACUCUUUUACAUAAAGUUAAACCUUUUUUAAGUUACAACAUGUUUUGUCUUGUUCUGGCAAUGUCAAAUAUUGUUAAGUGCGAUAGGGACAACUUAACUUUUCAGAAUAAAUAUAUAAUCUAAAAUGUCAGAAAUUUUAUUUCUGUCACUGUCCGUUUUAGUGCGUUCGUUUAGGUGCUUAAGUUGUCAUGAUUGUUUACUUAAACAAACGAUGUUAUAAGCCAGACACAGACGAGAGUUUUAUUGUGGAGCGUUAUUUUCGGGGAUGAACGGCUUAGACACUAGAACUGAUCAAUUUUGAGACAAAAAACUCAUCUUACGAGUACCGUACAAGGCUGUUUACGUUCAAACCUGUGUUGAAGGGAUGGAAGCUGCGAGACAGAUCUGCCGUUGAUUAUUUGAUCUCUAACACUAACUUGAGAUUCCGCCGAGCCCCGCGCUCGGUCGAUCAUGUCCAAUGAGGGUAGGCUGGAAAAUUCUCGAGGCCUAGUUACUAAUGUCAACUUUAUUCCCUUUAUAUAGAGUUGACAUUAAUUUUGCACUCGAUAGUAUUUUUCACCUAUUCUGAAUUGCCUGGUGACAUUCCCAAUACAGACUUGUGAUAAAUAAAAUAUAACAAUUAUUGGUGUGUGGGCAAUUCCUGGAAAUAUUUAUUUAUGCUUACUUAUUAGGAAUCAAUUUUGUCACAGAUUGCAAUUUAAUAGAUCAAUUACCAUAACUUGUGAAUUUUGAAUGAAUCAUAAUGUGUUAAAUUUAAUAAUAUAAUGACUUUUCAUUGAACUAGAUUUCCACCAAUGUCAUUUUACUCUCGGAAUUCCGUAGACUGUAUUAGGAAUGCCAGCUAGGGAAUAUCUGUGACAGGAUUCUAAACCACGACGCAAAAUUUUUAGAAGCUUAUUCGGAUGAAAUACAUAUAUUUUAUUAUCAAAAUAAGCUAUCUAGGCUAGCAUUUGAUCUCUCACAGGUAUUCAAAAUCGACUCUCAGUAAUACGUUAUUGGUCCCCAAGUCGCGUACACAAUUGCCACGUAAACAAAAUCAGGUUUUUUAAAAAUAGAUUUUUGUAGUUUUUCAUGCGCGGAAUUUAAGGGACAAUAGCGUGCGCAACUCGGGACCCACGACGAGCACAGGGCUCGCAGUAUCAUGUAAGUUUGCAACAAUCAAUGGUGAUAUUAUACAAAAUAAUUUAUAUUAUGUUUUUAUAUAUUGAUUAACAACGUAAUAAAGAGUGAGCAAUGGCACAUCUUA